AGCCCCCACCUCCCCUUCGCUCGCUUCCGCUCCCCCGCUCCCAAACCUCCCCAAUCAGCAGCUCUAGGGUUUUCGCCGCCGCCGCCGCCGCCGCCGCCGCCGCCCAUGGCCGCCACUCCGGACCGCGCCAAUGCCGACCUCCGCCGCCGCCUCGCCGUCGACGCCACUCCACCGCCCCAGAUCGCCAGAGAGAAGCAAGGCCUGGAUACUGAAAUACCCCUUUCUCCUCAGUGGCUUACGAAGGUGGCAGAAAACAAGGAUCCCAUUUCACAGGGUGUCCGCUCAGAUGUUUCAAAGACAUUAGGGAGUGGUGAAGACCUGGGCUACAGUGCGAAGAAAAAGGAUGUUUUCAGGGCUUCUGUGCUUGAUGGUGAAACUGGGCGUCGUGACCGCUGGCGUGACGACGAAAGGGAACCAAAUUCAACCCAUCGGUGGAGUCGCUGGAGGGAAACGGACAAGGAACAUGGUGAUGCACGCAAAGUGGAAAAAUGGUCAGAUGACACCUCCAAGUAUUCCGUGGAUAGUCGCCGUGCUCCACAGGAGCGCUGGGGUGGUGAUUCCAAUAAUAAGGAAGGCAACUAUGACCAACGCCGUGAGAAUAAGUGGACAGCACGUUGGGGUUCCAAUGAGAAGGAGUCUGAAAAUUGGCGUGAUAGGUGGGGGGAUUCAGGCAAAGAGGGUGAUGCUUCCCGUGAAAAAGGUUUCUCUCACUUUACUGGACAUGGAAAGGAUGGAAACAAUUAUGAAAAGGAUACUGAGCGGGAUGACAAUGUUUCUCGUUCAUGGAAAUCUAGUUAUCCUGUAGGACGUGGGCGAGGAGAUUUGUCUCAUUAUCCCUCUCAGACUCCACAGAAAUCAUCUGCUAGUUAUGGAUAUGGUAGAGGGAAGCCAGACAAUGAUUUUGCAAAUUUUCCAAGUCGUGGAAAGUAUACAUCUGGUACAAGUGCAAUCAGUAGUGGAUCUUCACGACCAUUCCAACUUGGUUUGCUUUCUGACAGACCUGGUGGUGCAUCAGGAGAUCGCUCUGCAUUCAAAUAUAGUAGGAUGAAGUUGCUUGACAUAUACAGAAGUUGUGAUGUCACUGACUUUAAGAUUCCUGUUGAUUGUUUUGAGGAAGUUUCUGUGUUCUUGCAAGAAAAUGCUUUGGAACCUUUAGCAUUAUCUGCACCUAUUGCUGAAGAAGCGGCCAUUCUAAAAGCAAUUGACAAGGGGGAUAUUGUAAACAGUGGUGUCCAUCAGGCUUCCAAGGAUGGUUCUGUUGGAAAAGCUGGUAGAGAAGAUCAGCCAGGAGGCAUGGAAGAUUAUAAAGGGGAUACUUUUGGAAGUCUCAGGGGUGUUCCUGGGAAUGCUGAUUUGCCUGCCAGAGGAGAACCGUUGCGGCCUGGGACAUCUACCUAUGUUGUUCCACAAAGAUCUCAGUUUAUUGGAGAACAUAGGCUUGGACCAUCUUCUGAGUUUGGGCACCAAAUACCCAAUUUCUUAAAUCAAGAAACUAAAACUGUUGGUGUGCCGGGUGUUGAUGAUUUUGCCAGUCUGAUGCAGCCUCAUCCUAACCCAGAAAGCCUCUCUCUAUUCUACCAAGAUCCACAAGGUCAUGUUCAAGGCCCUUUUUCUGGUGCCGACAUUAUUGGCUGGUUUGAGGCUGGUUAUUUUGGUAUUGAUUUGCUGGUUCGUGUUGUGAAUGCACCCCCUGAUAUUCCUUUCUUAAUGCUUGGGGAUGUUAUGCCUCACCUGCGAGCAAAGGCAAGGCCACCACCAGGGUUUGCCACUUCAAGAUCAAGUGAUAUGCUAGUUCCAGAGACUCAACCUACAGGGAAGUUUAUCAGCUCCACUAGCAUGCAAGCAGCAUCAGCUGGCAUUGGAAUAUUUGACAGUGGGCCAAGUAGGAAAGAUACUGCGGUUGAGGCUCAAAAUCGUUUCCUGGAGUCGCUUAUGUCUAAUAAUGUGCGCAAUCCUUCGGCAGACACCAUGUCUAGAACUGGAGGUAUGAAUGAACUUGGCAGCUUUGGCAACAUUCCUGUGGGCGGAGGCGAGAGUGGGAUCAAUAUGAAUUAUCUUUUGGCACAGAAAGGACUGUUGGAGAAGCAAAGUUCUUUGAAAAGCCCUGUUCCCUAUUGGUCAGGAGAUGCUGUUCCAACAUCACAAGCACCUAACAAGGAUGUAGCCCCAGAAGCAUCUAUCCUACAUUCUAAAUUGCUUCCUCCCAUGGCUGAUCCGUCUCGGCAGUCUUUGCAAUCUCAGAAUGUUGAUUUGCUUGCUAUGCUGCAAUCAAAGGAGAAGCCUCAAGUGUCUACUGGUAAUUCUGGAUUGCCGCUAUGGUCCAACUACCCUGAAGCAAGAAAUGUUAAUCCUAACAUGCAUGGUGUAGACCUUGCUCAAGGGGCACUUAACAUGCGUCAAGAUCUUCAGAACUCCCAGAACAUUAGUAUUGGUGUUCAACAGCACAGCUUCAUGCCACAAAACCGACCAGCUUUGGCUCAUUUGCCACCUGAGAAGCUUGCUGAGAUAUCUCAAGAUCCACAGCUCUUAAAUAUGCUCCAGCAGCAGUAUCUAUUGUCACAACUGCAGUUGCAGUCACAGACACCUUUGACACCUCAGCCUCAACUCUCUAUGUUGGACAAGAUGUUAUUGCUCAAGCAGCAGCAGCAGCAGCAACAACAACUGCAACAGCUGCAGCUUGAGCAGCAACAGAAGUUAUUGUUGCAGCAGCAACAACUACUUUCUCAUAUGGUACCUCAUGGACAUCCCAAUCAGCAGAUUGAGGAUUCUUAUGGAUUGAAGCAUACUUCUCUUCCUGGUGAUGCUAUGAAUCUUGGUCUUCGAAGAAUGCAAGAGGCUAUUGAAGUUGACCGGAAGUUGCCUGUCCAUGGCAUGCAGGUGGGGCAACAACCAAGUCAGUCAAAUAUGAAUGUGAGGGAUAGGGAUGGUGUAGCUUUAUCUCAAAGCUCUGUAACUACUCUGCCGGUGCCCGAUGAAACUGCUGUGGGUGCACUUUCAAAAGAACACUUUUCUCGUCCUCAGCUGCUGGAUGGUUUUGCAAAUGAUGAUGCACAAUUGAAAUCAAAUGUGGUAAACUCAAAGCUGGUGGAAGUUGCAGAUAGGAACAAGGAUGUUAAAUCUCAUGAAAUAUAUGCUGGAGCAGCACAUACUGAAAUGUCUGAAAAGGUUUUGGAUUCUGGAUCUACUAGGGUCCCAGGGAGUGCUUCCAAUGAAGCUAAGGAUUCACAUGCAGCGCCACUAGAUCCAAAGUCAGAAAAUGUAUUAUCUAAUAUUUCUAGUCAAGUCCAAGAAAUCAAACUUUCUUCAGAAAAUACCUCAUCUGACAUCGUGACAACUGUGGCCACUGAAGUAAGAGUUACUGAUGUGCAGGAGACAAAGAAAGCGGAAAAGAAAAAGAAGCAAAAGAAAAAACAGGCUGCUGCAGAUGCUGGCAAAGGAGCUUCAAAGACGGUUUCUGCCCAGCAGCCAAGGCAGGAAACUGAGGUUGGCAAUUCUGAUCUUGGUGCAAAUAAGCAUGAUUUACCAGAUGAUACAGAAGAACUGUUUUGGGGUGCAUCUGCCAGUGUGCAAUAUGAGAUUUUACCGCCCAAAAAUCUUCAUGGGGAAUAUGACACUAACCAAGCUGAAUCGGAAUUUAGUUCUUUAUCAUCUGAUCCUCAUACCGCAGCAAGCCAGCGUGCAUGGAAGCAACCUACCCAGGGACUCAGGCCUAAAUCACUUCUAGAAAUCCAAGCUGAGGAACAACAGCGCGCACAGAAAGGAUUAGCUACGGAAAGUGCUAAGCCAGCAGCUUCAGUACCUUCGAUUCCUUGGAAUGGCAUGGCAACAUCUUCUGAGCAACAUUAUGUGGGUUCAAGCAAAUCAUUGGGAGGCAUGGAAACUGCUGGUGAAAGAAAUAGAAGCCAGCUGCAUGACCUGCUGGCGGAAGAAGUUUUGGCAAGGUCAAGCAUUGCAGAUAGUGAGAAUAUAGGUAAUGCCAAUGAUGCAUUAUUUCCUCCUCUGUCACCUGCUCCUGCUCAGCCUGAUGCUCCUGCUCUUGAUGAUAAUGACUUCAUUGAGGCCAAGGACAAGAAGAAUAAAAAGAAGGCAACAAAAACAAAAGCUUCGACUGUGAAAGCCCCCUCACCUGUUGGUUCCUUUGAUCCAUCAGCUAUUUCCGUGCCUACUGAGAAGGGGAAGGCAGCCAAGCAAGCACAACAGGAGUCGGAAAUAUUGCCCGCUCUGCCAAGUGGUCCAUCCUUUGGAGAUUUUGUUCUUUGGAAGAGUGAUCAAGCUAGCUCUGUGCCUGCUCCAGCAUGGUCUAAUGACUCUGCAAAGGUGCAGAAACCUUUGUCGUUGAGAGAUAUUCAGAGAGAACAAGAGAGGAGGUCUGCUGCUCUGCAGCAACAAGCACCCUCGCCAACUCCACCAAAGGUGGCCAUGAACCAAAAAAAUCAUGGGAAUGCUUCUUCCUGGCAAGCUUCUGGAUCAUCUCCAUCAAAGGCAGCUGCCCCUGUCCAAAUGAGUUCCAAUGCGCCCAGUCGUUCCAAAUCAAGCGCUGAAGAUGAUUUGUUUUGGGGCCCUUCUGAGCACUCCAAGCAAGAUAAGAGGCAGUCGGAGUUUCCAACUCUUUCAAGUCAGAGUAGGAGUUCCAUGACGAAGGAUCAAUCUCCAGCGAAUCGUCAAAAGUCUCAGGCAGGCAGGGUUUCUUCUGCUGCUCCUGCCAACACAUCUGGAAAAGGGAAAGCAGAAGCUUCAAACAAGCAGACAGAGGCAAUGGACUUCCGGGAUUGGUGCGAGGGUGAAUGGGUCAGGCUCACUGGAACAAAUGAUAUAAGCUUCCUUGAGUUCUGCAUAAAGCAAUCAACUCUUGAAGCAGAAACACUCCUUCGGGAGAACAUUGGUUCUCUGGACCGCAAUCAUCAGUUCAUCGACAAGUUCCUCAACUACAAGGCCUUCCUGUCAUCUGAGGUGAUUGACAUGGCCUUCCAAGCUCCCAGCGCGCGUGGUACCCGCAGUGACGGCGCAGCACGGGCAAACCCUGCCACUGCAGCCAGAGGAGGUACAAGCGCGGACAUGGAGCUGGAUGGCGGAGGGAAGAAGAAAGGCAAGAAGGGGAAGAAGGUGAGCGCUGCAGUUUUAGGGUUCAAUGUGGUGAGCAACCGUAUUAUGAUGGGUGAGAUCCAGAACGUCGAGUAGGAAGGUUCUGGGUGAUGGCACCAUGUACAUACCUCCGUUUUGUUUCCCAGGACAUCCAUCACCGCAUCACUCAUGUACAUACAUAGUUUACCUGACCUCUGGUGUCAUGCUUCGGCAUUGCCGUGUUUUUGCUCUCAUGGGAUGGGAAGUUAGCGUGUCCUGGUGAGUGCUCGCAAUGGAGCAGCAUUCAGGGUCAUGUGGUGAUUUUGGGUUCCUGUAACAUUUUGUUGGAAUUUACCUUUAUUCUUUGGUUCGUGUAACAGACAGUUUUUGUUCUCAAUAGAAACUUACCUGAGAGGAAGCAAGA